AACUUUCUAACUAAACGUCAAACGGAGCAACUUUGAAAGUUUCUUGUGAUCUUGUUUUCUUUCCAGUUUCUGCAUCUAAUUUGUAUUGAAGCUCGUAAAUCAUCAUUCACAAGUUGCCCUACAUACCGUUCUGCAUCUAACCAGUGCAUCAUGUGUGUGAAAUAGCUUCGUUUAGCUUGUAUCUAGUGUUGAGUGUCUUGUGCGAUGGUGCCUCAGCAGCAGCGUCGUCGUCGGCGCAGGGCGGCGCUGCCGCGGGCGGCGGAGCGGCGGGUGGUGGUUGCGCGCGGCGCGGGUGGCUUCGGGUUCACCAUCGCGGGGCAGCGGCCGUGCGUGGUGUCGUGCGUGGCGGCGGGCGGGCCGGCGGAGCGCGCGGGGCUGCGCGCGGGGGAUGCCCUGCUCGCCGUGGACGGGGCCAGCGUGCGGCGCGCGGGGCACGCGGCGGUGGCGCGCCUGGUGGCCGCGGCGCCCCGGGACAUCGCGCUGAGCGUGGCGCGCGAGCCACCUACAGACACUGAGGACACGGAGCCCGAGGAACGAGCAGCUAGGCGAAGACACCCACCGCCGAGGCGACGGCCGCACCAUCAUGCAGCCUGCCACGCGGCGCCCAGCACAUCCACCGUGAACGAGCUCCUCCACAACCUGAGCCGCUCCCAGCUGAGCGCGGCCGGGCACCUGGCGCGCCUCGAGUGUCGCGCCGUCGUGGGCUACCUCGGCACCAUCGAGACCCCGCGAGCCGCCUCAGAAACACCCCCAGGAAGCGUCAGGACCGCCGUCAGGAGGCUACGGCAGGAGAGACGACCUGCCGCUAAUGUGCUGCUGUCUGUACUGCCAAAUGUGCUGAUUUUGAGACGGCCGACUGGCCAGGUUUUAGCUCAAUAUCCAAGGGAAAGAAUAGUGUUUGCUGGAAGCAGCUCAGAUGCAGAAAGGAGGUAUUUUGGGCUGGUUACCGCGGCGGAGUUAGCGGAGAAUGAAACAGAAGUAUCGUACAGUUGUCACGUGUUUGCUGUGGAUUCCCGGUUAGCAGAGCACGAAGCUCAUAUUAACAGAGCCAGGGAGUUUCAAAUCGCGUGCACUCGCGACCCGGUCGCUGAGCGGUGCCUGGAGUUUCCUCCAUCAGCAGAAUAUGUCGUUGGAGUGAUUAAAGGCAUGUAUUCUCUGCCGGCUGACGACUGCUCCAGCCCUGCGCUGCAGCAGCUGUCUAAACUAGCCAUAAAGGGUGACAGCCCCGCGGCAGGGAACUUCUCUAGAUGUAAUAGAGCGGCGCUGCGAAUGCCCAGGAACCUUAGACGGCCGAACUGCAGACAUGACGACAACCGCAUGGACGGCCAGCUAGUCGCCAACUCUCCUCAACCGAGCAACCACAGCGAAGUCACCACCACAUCUAGCAACAGUGACUCGGGAAUCGGCUUCCAUAAUGAUGGGAGGAAUGUAGCUGAUCGGAUCCUAGUGGUGGACUUCGCUGGACAACCACCGAUAAACAGAUAUCGACCGGAAGCCCCAAGAAGACCUAUAGGGCUAGUCGGCUGCAAUUUCGAAGAUGGCUCCUUUCUGUCUAAUACUACGCCUGUAGUCGACGGCUUCGGAGGCCAGGGCCGCCCGCUGAACCAUCUAGAAGACGUCAUGCUCAACCCUAACGACUUACAUCAGUUGCAAAGAUACCCAGUCAACCCAGUCAGGAGCGAAGAACGACCGUGCGAUACUUACAACUACAAUAACGUUAGCUACAACGGCCCUUCAACAUCCAAAGCGUCAAACGGUGCGGUCUACGACCCCGUAUACACAGAGGGAGAGUGCCACUACGAGUUGAUACCUCCUCAAAUAGACGAUUUGGAAAUAGACCGAGUGACGGAAGCUUUUAACUCUGUGGAGAUAUACGAAGAAAGACAAGAGCCAGAAUCCUAUCAGUCGAAUGAGGCAGAAUCAGUGGAGAAUAUGACAGUGGUCUCCGGGACGGCUAGCAAGGCCAGUAUGGACUCGGUGUCGGUGUAUUCCACGAGGAGCCACGAGGAGGCCCGUCCCUCCAGACACAGGUACCUGCAGGCCUCGCUGGAUGACAUGCUGGUGAUGAUGAGGGAUGAUGAGGCGAAGCGGGAUGAUGAUAACUUUGUGCAUCCGGGGAGUGUUAAAUGCAAGGUCCGGAAGAGCAAGCCAAUGAAUCUCCUAUCAAGAACGAAGCAUAUUCUAACAGGCAAGGACAAGUCCCGACGCAUCUCCCUGAGCGCGAGCGCGGGCGACGUGUGCGCCGCCAGCGAGCCGCCCGCCAUCGCCGCCGCCGCCAGCGAGCCUCGUCUGCAUGAGAGCGAGCAGUCGUCUCCGUUCCGCCGGUGGACGACGGGCAGCGGCGCGGGCAGCUCGUACCGGCAUCACGACCACAGGACUAAUAUUUAUAACAAGCAAAUGUCCGAAGGCUCCCCAGCAGCGGGCGGCGGCGUGGCGCGCUGGUCUCUAGGGCUGGAGCAGCUGCUGGCGGACCCCGCCGGCGCCGCCGCCUUCAAGCACUUCCUGCAUAAUGAGUUCGCGGAUGAGAACAUCAGAUUCUGGUUCUCAUGCGAGCAGUACCGCCAGUGCGGGGACGCCGCGGCGCGCGCCCGCCUCGCGCAGCAGAUCUGGGCGCGGCACCUGGCGGGCGGCGCGCCCGAGCCCGUCAACGUGGACGCCCAGGCUAGGGCGGCCGCUACUCCGAGAGAUGAGGCUGAGCCUGAUUUGUUCCUGCCUGCGCAGAAGCAGAUCUUCAACGUGAUGAAGUUCGACAGCUACCCGCGCUUCCUGCGCUCCGCUGUGCACGCCGAAUGCGCACGCGCAGAAUUACGAGGCUUACCAUUGCCGUAUGCCCCUCAGGAGACGGCUAAUAAUACGCCUACUAAGCUGAAGAAAUCUGCCAGCAACGCCUCCGAGCGUCGUCGCAGCGGAGGCGUGAACCUGCUGCCGUGGCGCCUGCGGGCCGGCUCGAAGGACCGCGCCGCGGGGGCCGAGGCGCGGGGGGAGGAGCCGCCCACUGAUGUAGUAAAAUCCUCAACCUCCACCGUCCCGCCCUGCGCCCUCUGCCGAGUAGUCUUACCCGACGGCGCAACAUCAGUAGUGGGGGUGUGCGGCGCCACGCCCGUCGCGCGCCUAGUGGAGCGCCUGCUGCAGCGCCGCCAGCUGGCCUGCAGCUGCUAUGAUGUGCUGCUCACCGAUCAUGUCACUGGUGAAUCCCGAGUAGUGGACCCCUCAGCCCCCUCCACAGUGCUGGGCGGGCGCUCCGCGGCCGUGGAGCGGCGCUGCCUCGUGCGGCUCGAGCUGCCCCCGCGCUGCGUCGCCGUGCGGUGCCGCCCCGAACGCAAGUUGAAGCACGCCCUCAGGCCACUGGUGCAGCGCUACUGUCCCGGCGCCGACGUGGCCGUGUUCCGCGCCGGCAGCCGCGUGCCCGUUGAUACGCUCAUGGAGGAGCUAGAUGGCGCGCGUUUAAAAGUGUUGCUAGCCGACGACCCGUCGUGCGAGCAGUCGUGUGAGAAGUCGGCCGACCAGUCGCCCGAGCGCGAGCUGGAUGUCGACUCGCUCAACGGACUCGCUGUCAGACUGAAUGAUGAGACUAAUGCACAGAGCUCAACAAGCAGCGUGAACCGCAGCGAGUGUUCGUCCACGCUCGGCGCGGGCGCGGGCGGGGCGCGCGUGCGGGCGGCGCUGCGGCCCGGCGCUCCCGUGCACCAUCAUCCACCGGAUUUCCUCGACAACCUCCGUGAGACCCAGCGCAUGCGCCUACAACACAGGGAAGGCGAGCCGCGCGCGCCGCCGCCGCCGCUGCCGCCGAAACCGCGCGCCGUACAACCUCCCGCCAUCGUGUGACCACAGACUAGCCCGGCCACUCGUGGCAUACAGAGCAACAGAACACCGGACUCUAUGGUCCCGGCUGAAGACAUAGAAUAAGGAGUUGAACGCUCCGAAUAAUAAUAAUGGGAUCCUGUACAGAAUGGAUAAUGGAACUGUUCUGUUCUGAUUGACUGAUUGUUCAGCAGUUUUUGGAGAGUAAAGUACCUACAGUUGUAUGUAGAUAUAUUGUUGAAGACUAAAUUACUAAUAUCGAUGAUUGAAUAUAAUGAAAGCAACAUCAGGGUAGGACUAUUGGAAAGUUUGUAAGCUAGUCUUAAAAUUGUAGCUAAACAUUUUAAAAUGUAUUAUACAUUCACAUCACAAACUAAACAGUUGCAUGUAAGACAAAGAGCUCGAGUAUAAAUAAAAUUGUAUAUAAUUAUUGUAAUAUGCUCGAUUCUAAUCAGUCCAUUUGCCAUUUUAAAUUGUAAAAAAUAUAGAUUGUGAGAGCUUGGUGCCUUCCAAUAGAUAUAAGAGUGCACUUUUUGGGUACAAUGGGGUUGUAGCUAGUGGCACUUGGGGUUUAAUUAAUUUAAUAUACUUACUUAAGGGAAAUUUCAAAUUCAUUGUAUAAAAUCAUGGCCAUCUAUGUAUAUUUAAUUAACCCAAUUUUGAGCUUUACUACUACACAUACAAUCUAAGUACCUUCUUUCACAACCACUAAUACACCAGAAUCUAUUAAUUGUAAGUGGAAAUGUUGGUUAGCAAAUUAAUAAUUUAUUACAAAAUAUAGAUCUUAUUUGUAUGAAAAUGAGUGAUGUUUGACUUGUUCUAGAAAAUAUAACUCCUUUGAGUACACUGUAAAAAGUAAUAAAAUUAUAAUUAAAAUUA